AUGAACGUGGAAGGACACCUUCUGAUCACGAAGCAGAAGAUUAGAUACCUUGGAGUGCAGGUAGAUAACUGCAGAAGGUUCGGGGCUCACUCGGAGAUAGUAUGCGGUAAGGCCGAUGCCAUCAUGGGAGCAUUGAGAUCGCUGCUGCCCAAUGUGAACGGUUCCACCGGCUCUGUGAGGAAGCUCCAUUAUGGUACCUGGGAGUCGGUGAUGCUCUAUGCGGCGCCUGUAUGGGCAAAGACAAUAAAGAAGAAAAAGAAUAGGAAUACUCUUAAGAGGGUGCAAAGGUCCGCGCUGAUGAGAUCAUCUACGGCGUAUCGCACAGUGUUUACGGGCACCUUGCCCAUUUACUACACAAUCGAGCUCCGGGCCGAGAAAUAUACCUUACGAUACCCGUUCAAGAGAAGAUCCGACUUCGGUCUUUUAUGA